UCUUAUAUGGGUUGUCCACAUCUCAGACAUUUUUAUACUUCCAUCAUCAUUGAUCGUAUUACACCACGUAUUGCCCGAGAUUGUGUUGUAAUUAUUGUUUACUCUUGUUUUACCCUAUUACCAAUACCAUGAUUUUUUUCUCAUGAAACUAAAGAUGUUUCGGAUUCGUUCGAGUAUUGAACAAUCAUAUGACAUUACAUGAAUUCUUACAAUCCUACUUGCAAAAUCCAUGUAAUCUUGAAAUCCAUGUACUCUAACACAUGCAUGCCUGCCAAACCACCCCUUAAUCCCUACUAUAUUAUUUUACGUGGAAAACACCAAACAGCAAAGGGAAGCUCCUCCUUUUGUCUGUUUCCAGAACAGAUCAGAAAACUUGCCAAGCGCCCAAGCCAAUACCGACAUUUCCAAUUUCUUUCUUUUUUAUUUAAUCCGUCAUUUUCCUUCUCCCCUGGGGUUUCAGUCAAACCUCUUGUUCAAACGCUUUCAAACCCAUUUCAGCUUUUGCCCAUAUAACACGCAUCUCUCAACUCUCCCUCUCUCUCUCUCUCUCUCUCUCUCUCUCUCCACCGCUUCUCUCUACCUCCACUCUCUCUCUGUCGAGGGGCUUCCAUGGAAGAGCUUCGGGCAGAAACCGGCGGGAGAGAAGAGAAGAGGAAAAGCACGACGCUGGAGAAGCACAACGACGGAGCAAUGGUACAGUACUUCCAACCACCACCACCAAGGCCUCCGAGAUUGCUUGCUGUCCCGGCCGUGGUGAGGCGAGCUGCAGCGAAUCACGAGGUGAAGCUGGCGGCAAUCGCCGUCGACUUCAACGUCCGGCUGAGAUCCGCCGACAUGCCGGGGACGAUGCAGGAGCGCGCCUUCCGUUCCACCAGAGCUUUCCUCGAUGCUUGCCCCGAUAAGCGCCCCAAUCCCACCCGUCUCGCCAUGUGUUUGAAGAAGGAGUUUGAUGGAGCGUACGGGCCGGCGUGGCACUGCAUAGCGGGGAAGAGUUUCGGGUCGUUUGUGACCCAUGCCAACGGCGGGUUCGUGUAUUUCUCGGUGGACAACCUCUGUUUUCUUCUGUUCAAGACGGAGGUCCGGCCGGUGGUGAAACCCAAACCACCUCGACUGCUGAAGCUCACCAUCAAGGACUGAGAAAAACCCAAUAUGCAUAGUCUCCCGCAGAAGUCCGUUUGUGUGUAAUUUUGGAGAUUGGGAAAAAAGAAAAGCAAUCUGUCUGUGGUUAGGUUUUUGGGGACUUUAAAUCACUGCAAUAUGGCAGUUACCAAGUUGAAAGUUUCUGACUUUCUUCUGUAUAAAUGUGGGUUUUUUGGUUAUUGCUUUUAGGAUCAAGGAAAUAUGGAAUUUAAUGGUGGUCCUGAACCAAAUUUGCUUGAAGGGAACUUAUUUGUUGCCUGAUUCAGAAGAAACUUUACUGCAGUGUCCUACAGGAAAAGCUGCAGACUUUUUGCUUGUGGGUUAUUCUCAUGUGGUUACUGUCCAUCCAAGGAGUGGUUUUUGGUUUAUGAUCUAAAAGUUCAAUUCGUUAGUUUAAUCUUCGAUGGAUUAUGGAAAACCACCAUCUGGCACAAAUCAAAAUUUGGCGGUUGC